AUGGUUGUUUACUCCUUUUACAUUUUUGAUAGGCACGCCGAAUGCAUCUACACCAAACGCUGGAUCAAUCCCUCGGCUUCUUCCUCUGGUCGGGGCUCAAGGCCCCCCUCACAGGCGAUCGUCAGUGGAGGUCAACAGCCACGAGCAGCUCUGAGCGCCGAAGACGAUGCAAAGCUCAUAUUCGGCACCGUCUUCUCCUUGCGGAACAUGGUCCGGAAGCUGGGAGGAGAGGAUGACAGUUUCCUCUCCUACCGCACUUCGCAAUACAAGCUGCACUACUAUGAAACUCCCACCAAUACAAAGUUUGUUAUGCUUACUGAUACAAAGUCCGGCUCAAUGCGGAUCGCGUUGCAGCAGAUUUAUGUCAACUGCUACGUGGAAUAUGUGGUCAAAAACCCGUUGUCUCCAGUCGAGCAUCCCGGUGGCAUUGGUGUAAACAACGAGCUUUUUGAAGCGAGCCUGGAACAAUUUGUGGACCGAGUGCUCAACACGACCUGA